UCACUCCCCACAGACUCUUCCGUUCCAAAAUCCCUUUCUCCCCCGCAGCCUUCCUGUUCCGCAAUCUCUCUCCCCGCUCUUUUGCCCAACCGUACAGUGUUCUCCCCAGCUUGUUCUCUCUCUCUAUCCUGUUCCUGACUUCCGGCACUUUGUGGAGGAACAGCGUUGGGAGCGCACACGCAGUGGCAAACUGGUUGCUUUUUCCCCUUUUUACACAGUGAUGGCGACUGCUGAUCUGAGAGACGAGCUGAGCUGCUCCAUCUGCCUGAGCAUUUAUACUGAUCCUGUAUCCCUGCCGUGUGGCCAUAACUUCUGCCGGGACUGUAUUGGGACAACAUGGGACACCCAGGAGGGAUCUGGGGCUUAUUCCUGCCCUGAAUGUAGAGCAGAGUAUCAGGAACGCCCUGCCCUGCUCAGGAACAGAACUCUGGGUAACAUAGCAAAGAGAUUCCGUCCAACUGAGACAGAGCCGGGGGAGACUGGGAUCUUCUGCACCUACUGUGUCCUCUCUCCUGUACCUGCUGCUAAAUCCUGUCUCCUGUGUGAGGCUUCUCUGUGUGAUACCCACCUGAGGGGGCACAGCAAGUCAGCAGAACAUGUACUGACCCAACCCACCGACUCCUUUAUGGGGAGAAAAUGUUCUGUACAUCACAAGGUUCUGGAGUAUUUCUGCUGUGAGGAGUCUGUCUGUGUCUGUGUAUAUUGCUGCAUGGCUGAGGAGCACAGGGGCCACAGGGUGGAGCUGCUGAGUGAGGCCUCUGAGAAGAAGAAAGAGAAACUGAGGAAAGUUCUGGAGAAACUGAGGCCAGAGAGAGAGGAGACUGAGAGAGGAGCCCAGAGACUGCAGGAGCGCAGGAGAGAAGUGGCAGAAAAAGCAGCCGGUGAGACAGAGAGAGUCACUGCCCUGUUUAGAGACAUCAGGGAACAGCUGGAAGCCCUAGAGAAGCGACUCCUGAGUGACAUCUCCAGCCAGAAAGAGAAGCUCUCACUCACACUCACUGAUCUGAUGGAGCAGCUGGAAAUAAAGAAGGACGAGCUGUCCAGGAAGAUCCGUCACAUUGAGGAGCUGUGCAACAUGGCAGAUCCACUCACUGUCCUACAGGAACGGGAAUCACAUGGAGCUGCAGAUAAUGAGGGGGGCAGAGAGAGACAUGAUAUAAAGGUCCCUGCUGUAGGGGAUCUGGAUGUGGAUCUGAUCUCAGAGACAUUACACAGGCUUAGCUGCCAUUGUGACUGGGGUAAAGGGAAGAGUGAUCCCUGGGCAGGAGGCUACAGACCUGUUACUGGAUAUAAACACGACUGGGAAUCAUUUAUCUGUAUCAGGGGCAGGAAAUCUGCUUCCUACUCACGUACAGACCAGCAUCACCCACAAACCCCAGAGAGAUUUCAGGUUUGGCCUCAGGUUUUAAGCACCAGGAGUUUCCACUUGGGCAGAUAUUACUGGGAAGUGGAGGUCAGUGAUUCAAGGAACUGGAUGGUAGGGGUGGCCUAUCCCAGUAUAGAGAGGGGAGGGGAUCAGUCGUGGAUUGGGACUAAUAACAAGUCCUGGUGUUUAUACAGAUGGGACAAUAAAUAUUCAGUGAGACAUGACAUGAAAGGCACACAGUUACCCCAAGUCUCUUCCUGCAGGAGAAUCAGGAUCUCACUGGACUAUGAGGCCGGACGUCUGUCCUUUUAUGAGCUGAGUGAACCAAUCAGACACUUACACACCUUCACUGCCACAUUCACUGAGCCCCUUCAUGCUGCAUUUGGGGUAGGGUGGGAUUUUGAUGAUGACAAUGAUGAUGAUGAUGAUAAUUCCUGGGUAAGAAUUAUUAGUUGUUGCUAUGGGUGA